UCUCCUCUUGCAGAUGUCUUUCGUUCAGCGGCAGAGGCGGGACCUAACGACAUUCUUAAACUUUACAACCAGAAAGGAAACCUGGUCAACAUCUCGCCGAAAUUGGAAGAAAAUACGCCGGACUCUAGAUAUAAACUAGAUGUGGUAGCCGCUCACUGCGACGGUAGGAGAAGUGUAGCGGAGAAGCUGGGCUUUGAUAUACAAAAGAUGGAAUCAAGGUUGGAAUUGUUAGAGAAGAAGGUGCUGAUUGACGGGGGCGAGAUCCCUACUGUCGUAUACGAACUCCGCAAUAAAGUAGAAGAAUUCAGGGACAAACUUGAGAGUGUGGAGCAUCUAAGCUGGUUAGGUCUUACAAAGGAGUUCGUUGCCAGCUCUACAAACCAUUUGCCUUUCUACAAACAAAAACUCAGGAAGACGCAGGAAGAGCAGAAAAGAGUCUGGGAGAAAUUCAGCAAAAUCUCGCACUUGCAGCUGACUGACGAUAUCAGGGAGUACCUGAGGCAACCCACGUUUGAUAACUGGCAGUGGGAGGAUGCGGAGAUGAUGCUCUUACUCCAACAGAUGUACAUAGACUUGGACUUCAUCGCAAAGUUUAACAUUGAGAUGCCCAUUCUUCAGAACUUUCUCUUUGAGGUCUUCAGGCAUUACAACAACGUACCAUUCCACAACUUCAAGCAUUGCUUCUGUGUUUCACAAAUGAUGUAUGGCAUCAUCUGGAGGGUAGACCUUCCCAAGCUCAUAGGCCAUCAGGAAUGUUUGGUGAUGAUCACCUCAGCGAUAUGUCAUGACCUGGAUCAUCCUGGCUAUAACAAUGCCUACCAGGUGAACGCUGGGACUGAACUGGCGCUGAGGUACAACGACAUCUCACCGCUAGAGAACCAUCACUGCUCGGUGGCUUUCAAGAUUCUGGAGAAGCCUCACUGCAACAUCUUCAAGAACCUGAGUCCUGAGAUCUUCAAGCAGGUACGGGAAGGCAUCAUUCGGUGUAUCCUAGCAACAGACAUGGCCAAGCACAACGAGAUUCUCAAUGGCUUCAAGGACAUCAUAUCAACCUUUGAUUUCAGCAAUAAAGUGCACAAAGAUCUACUGACCAAAAUCUGCAUCAAGGUAGCGGACAUCUCAAACGAGGCGAGGCCGAUGGAUGUUGCUGAGCCCUGGAUUGACUGUUUGCUCCAAGAGUUCUUCAACCAGAGUGACAUGGAGAAGUUGGAGGGGUUACCGGUCGCCCCCUUCAUGGACCGAGAGAAGGUCACCAAGCACACCUCCCAGACCGGAUUCAUCCGGUUCGUUCUCUUACCCCUCUUUGAGUCGUUGGGAUUACUCUUCCCAAAGCUGGAUGAACACAUAAUCGAGCCCGUCAGGACGGCGCUCAAGUACUACUCCGAGAUGGCCCAAGCGCUGGAGGAGGAGAAGAAGAGAACAAACGAGAGGAAAGACUCGCUCACCAACGGCAGCAACACCGUCACAAAAAAGAACAUUGAAGCCAACUCGACCACGUCUUCAUCGUCGAGCUCGCUAAGCCACAAUGGGAAGAGGCCCGGCAGUGGGAAAGGGGCUCCUAAUAACCCCCACGUGAGCGCAGUCAAGGACAAGAAGUUUGUCUCAAAGUCGCCGUCGCCAUCGAGUUCAGCGACCAAGUCGACGACGAAGACCAAAUGACGGUGGUGUUUCCUCUGCGGGAGCAAAGACCAAUAGACUCACUGCUGCAACGUACACUGCACUCAAUCGACGGAACAAACAGGGACUUCACUCUCUCUCUCUCUAUCCAUUUCUCUUUUGUUAUUUCUACGUCUCUCAUAUAACAUGCAAACAUGCAAUGCAUAUUCAGCUCUUUUGUGGAUUUUUUAUGGUAUUUUGCAAAAGAGCUCAAGAAUUAUCUUGCCAUUCUCGUGCAUUAUGGGUAUCAGAAAUGCUUCAUUUAUAAUGUUUGCAUUUUUGGGGUGCAUGUGAUAAUCAACUUCUUGGUUUUCGGUCUGUUUUUCAAGGACACCAUAAGGAUA